UCAGGAAAAUCCAGAUUCCGCAAUUUGGAAUAAAAUGUGUCAAAUUGUUGCUAACACGUCUCAUGAGUACUCACCGAACUCUGCGAGCUAAUUCUGUGAUAAUAAUGUCUACUGGAUACAGUAUUAGUACAUUUAUGAUCCUAUUAGAUGCAGCGACCAGGUUGUUCCCUAAUUGUUGCUAAAGUGGUGCAUCAUACAACACACACAAUGCUUGUUACUGUUUAAUUCAACAAUGAUUCUAUUGAUGGGUGGUAUUACUGAAUACAAAUGCUGUAUACUACGGUUACUGUGUCCUGUGCCUACAGUAGUGGGCUCGCUCGCGUACAUCUGCGGCGGCGCCAGGGCAGAGCAUGGAUCUAUCAGCGGGUGUCCCAGGCUCGAACCGCAGCCAUACCCGCCCUGGGUACUGACCCGUGCGAAUGGGUACAGGUUAUGAGCGGGUCACAGCGGGACCGCGGUAUGGUCUUGGAAGAGAUAUCCUGCCCCGGCCAAGCUGCAUGCGCGACCGGAACGUACCCUGAUGCACGCACCUUCCUCGCAGCUACCCGUGCAAAGUGCGAUCUUCACCUCGCUGGGCCAGUGGAUCCGCAAGCCACGCUACGCGCGGCAAUGUCUGGUCUGACAAGGCAGGACAUCGACGGGCAUGUGGGAGGAAGGACGCGUGGCGGAGUUGACUCGUCGCAGAGCAAAGCGAGACUUGGGGGCGUGUCCAUCUCCGGUUCCGAGUUGGCUACUCGGACGCGUGGCAGUUCCGCACCGCCUGGGAUUCGUCUUGCAGGCCACCCGUGCGGAGAGCCAUGGUGGUCGUCGAGUGAUCGAGACGUGGGGAUGGCGACAGGGGCGCGAGCGUGGACGCAGACGUGCGGAAGAGGAAAGAGGCGUGUCGCGAGGAAGUGGGGGAGAUGUUUGGACGAAAGAGGCGUGGACGAGGGAACGCGUGGCGAGGAUGAAGACGUGUCUGACAAGGGAGGGGACGCGUUACACAAGGAAGGGGGAGAUGAGCGAGCGGUGAUGGUACUCACCGAAGUCGAGUCGACUCCUGUUUCCUGUCUCCGAGCCUUCGAGCCUUUAGAUGCGCAUCGCACGAGCCCGAGUUGGCCUGGCCGAGUUGCAUGCCCCAGAGACACGCAACUUGGAAAAGACGCAGUCGAGCUCGCAGUAUAG